ACAAUAGUCCAAUACCACCAGCAGCCAAGAGAUAUGAAAUAUUGAAAUUAAAUCAAAUUUCAGAUCUCAGUUCUACACCUUUAUGGUGCAAAAGAAUUGUAUAAAUUAAUCAAAACCACGUGUGUAAUUGAAUUUGUAAUCCUUAUCUUCAAAAAGGAAUAUUAUUUUUUCUAUAUAUAAGAAAGAUGAAGUAAACAAAGAUCACAGUGAACAAAACCAGUACUAGUCACUAGUAUCAGUAUGGCUAUCCAACAAUCUUUGCUAGACAAGCCAAGAAAAUCCAUUCCAAAAACAUUUUGGUUAGUCCUCUCUUUAGUUGCUAUCAUAAGUUCAUCAGCCCUUAUUAUUUCUCAUCUAAAUAAACCUAUCUCCUUCUUCAAUCUCUCCUCAGCUCCUAAUCUAUGUGAGCAUGCUCUUGAUACAAAAUCAUGCUUAACUCAUGUAUCAGAAGUUGUUCAAGGUUCUACCUUGUCCAAUACCAAAGACCACAAAUUGAGUACACUCGUAUCGUUAUUAACCAAAUCCACCGCACACAUUCGAAAGGCAAUGGACACGGCUAAUGUGAUCAAACGCCGAGUUAAUAGCCCUAGAGAGGAAAUUGCUUUGAAUGACUGUGAGGAAUUAAUGGAUUUGUCCAUGGAUAGAGUUUGGGACUCAGUGUUGACUCUAACCAAAAAUAACAUUGACUCACAGCAUGAUGCACACACAUGGCUAAGUAGUGUGCUCACUAACCAUGCAACUUGUUUGGAUGGAUUAGAAGGUUCAUCUCGGGUCGUUAUGGAGAGUGAUCUUCAUGACUUGAUCUCCAGAGCUAGAUCUUCUCUUGCCGUGCUUGUUUCUGUCUUGCCUCCAAAGGCUAACGACGGAUUCAUUGAUGAAAAAUUGAAUGGUGACUUUCCCUCUUGGGUGACAAGUAAGGAUCGAAGACUUUUGGAAUCUUCAGUUGGGGAUAUAAAGGCCAAUGUUGUGGUGGCUCAGGACGGCAGCGGCAAGUUCAAGACUGUGGCUCAAGCUGUAGCAUCUGCACCAGACAACGGUAAGACAAGGUAUGUUAUAUAUGUGAAAAAGGGAACAUACAAAGAGAACAUUGAAAUUGGCAAGAAAAAGACAAAUGUGAUGCUUGUGGGUGAUGGUAUGGAUGCAACAAUAAUCACAGGCAGCUUAAAUUUCAUCGAUGGAACAACCACCUUCAAAAGUGCAACUGUUGCUGCUGUUGGAGAUGGGUUUAUAGCUCAGGACAUUAGGUUCCAAAACACAGCAGGCCCACAGAAGCACCAGGCAGUUGCUCUUCGUGUCGGCGCUGAUCAAUCCGUCAUCAACCGCUGCAAAAUUGAUGCAUUUCAAGACACUCUCUAUGCACACUCCAACCGACAAUUUUACCGUGACUCAUACAUUACCGGUACCGUUGACUUUAUCUUUGGAAACGCAGCUGUUGUUUUCCAGAAGAGCAAACUUGCGGCCCGAAAACCCAUGGCCAACCAAAAAAACAUGGUCACUGCCCAAGGUCGAGAAGACCCAAACCAGAACACUGCAACUUCAAUUCAGCAAUGUGACGUAAUACCAAGCUCAGACCUCAAGCCUGUGCAAGGCUCCAUCAAAACAUACCUAGGCCGCCCAUGGAAAAAAUACUCCAGGACCGUUGUGUUGCAGUCCGUCGUGGACGGCCACAUUGACCCAGCAGGAUGGGCUGAAUGGGAUGCCGCUAGUAAGGACUUUCUGCAAACAUUGUAUUACGGAGAGUACAUGAAUAGUGGAGCAGGUGCUGGUACCGGUAAGAGAGUGACUUGGCCAGGUUAUCAUAUCAUAAAAAAUGCUGCAGAGGCAAGCAAGUUUACAGUAACACAGCUCAUCCAAGGAAAUGUUUGGUUGAAGAACACAGGGGUGGCCUUCAUUGAAGGCCUGUAGAAAUGCCCUCUAACAACCGUGUACCGAUAUGUUUCAGACGUUUUGCAGGAAAUAAAACAGAAAAAUUAUGCUUUAUGGCAGGAUAUUACAAUUGUCUUCUAGUAGACUAGUAGUGUUGUAUUGAAUGGCUAAUGUCUGGAAAUAAACUUGUCUUUACUUUAUCCA